AUUUGUAUAAUAGAGCCCCAACGGUUAUUAAAACAAAUUCGGAUCGUUACAUUCUUGUGCGCACUCGGCAUACUUGGAUAAAAAGUAUGGGUUCAGGAGAUUCUAAACCGCUUAAACCAGAAAUACCAGAACCUUCAAGACCUUCGCAACGGGAAACAAGUGACACAGUAACACCAGAACCUUCCAGAACAUAUCAACUGCAAACAAGUGACAUAGGACACCUGUUGACAAAGCCUGAGAAAGAAAAAUUAUUAACAGAUAAACCUUGGAGACAGCCAUCGAAAUUUAAUUUUGAGCAUGAGCAGAAAAUCAUUGAACACAUCAGAAAAAUACAACCAGAAGGUAAACCAAACCUACUUAUCUCGGGGCCUGUUGGAGCUGGAAAAUCAGCAUUUAUCAGUGCCUUAAUUUCCAUUGGCGAAGGAACAAAAAAUUCAAGAGCCCAAUCAGGAAGUUCUGCUACAAGUUUUACUGUUAAAUACAUCGGUUACUCUCAGAAAACACUCAUUAAACAUUUCAUACUUCGUGACAUGAUGGGAAUAGAGCCAAAUGACGGUGCUGGAUUCCACGUUGAGGAUUUCAUCUACUUGGUUAAAGGACAUAUAAAGAACAAGUACACGUUUAACCCUGCGUCACCGAUUACACCUAGCGACAGCAACUUUAGAGCAACCCCAGAGCCAAUGGAUGUUAUCCACUGUGUCAUCUUUGUUAUCAGCGCUGUAGAUGUUUACAAUGAUAUACCUGAAAUGUAUAUCAGAAAAAUAGGUCAACUUCAAGACAAUCUCCGAAUGGAACGGAUUCCGAGAAUACUCGUUCUAACAAAGAUCGACCAAUUGUGUAAAAAAGUUCAAGAGGACAUCAACAACAUUUUUAGGAGCAUAAAAGUACAAAAGGUCGUCAAAACUGCAAGCGAGGUCUUUCAUAUUGACCAAGCGUCAAUUCAUCCCGUAGUUAAUUAUGAAGACACUGGGACACUGACACCAGAACAAAACAUACCACUGCUUCUUGCACUGGAACAGAGCAUGGUCUACGCAGACGGCCGUGUUCAACAAAGUAAAGAUGAUGAAGAAAUACGCUGAGCGCUAUAAUUGAAAAAAAGUCUAUACCGAUUUUAACACUAUAAAUUUUUGUGACAGUUGUCUCUGUGAUAAUGAGACAUAUAAUUAUUUUAAGACGACAAUUUCUGUUGAUAAGGAACUCACAAUUUACAUAAUUAUAAAAUGUUGACAAUAUCCCAUAAUUUUAAAUAAUAAUGAUAAUUCGAUAAGAAACUAAUUUUCCUGUAUAGUUUUGGUGAAUGAUAUAAUGUUUACUUCGUAUGUUUCCUCACAAAAGUGAAGAAUAAUAAAUUACAUGUAAUUUUCAUUUAGUAUGAUUAAAUAUGAUUAAAAAUAUCAGUUAAGUAACUUAAUAUCUUCAAUGCUUGCAUAUAAAUAUUUUUCCUUAGUUAGAGAAAAAGUGAAUUCCA